AUGGUCAUUCGAUUGCUUUCGAAGCCGAGUAUAUCAGCGGUGCGAUACAGUACACGGUUCGCUUCCAAGAACAAAUCUUUUCACGCUUCAGCUACUCGACAACAACAGCAACAACAACAGAAACAACAACAGAAACCUUUGCUGGGUCGUUUGGUGGACAGUUGGAACAAUACAGAGACCAAGUGGUAUCCAAUCCCUGUAGCACUAGGUCUCGGCGUGAUUGGUUUUAUUCAGUAUCGCAGAGUGAUUCAGAGAGAAGAAGAUAGAUUAGAACACCCAAAAAAAUAUGUAGCCUCUGGCCCUUGGCAGGUACACGUCGCAGCUGCUUUGCCAUUGAGAUCCAUGUCUCGCCUGUGGGGAGCAUUCAACUCGCUGACAAUCCCUGAGCCUCUUCGUCCUUUUGGCUUCAAACUGUACAGUUGGAUUUUCGGAUGUAACCUUGACGAAAUGAAGAAUCCCAAUUUAUACGAUUAUCCCAACUUGUCAGCAUUCUUUUACCGAGAGUUAAAGGAAGGAGCCAGACCCAUUGCUAAUGCCACGCUUGUUUCCCCAUCGGAUGGUAAGGUAUUGCACUUUGGUGUUGUUCAGGGUCAGGAUAUCGAGCAGAUCAAGGGCGUCACCUACAAACUAGACGCACUUUUGGGCAAUGACGAAAAAACAACAUCACCUGUGGAGAGUGCCCUGUUGGGAAAUACGCCUCAUAUUGUAGAUGAAGAAGAAUUUGCCAAUGUCAAUGGCAUCGAGUAUUCGUUGGACGAUAUGAUGAACGAGGGGCACUCUGUCAAGACAGAAUCAGCAGUGGGGCCCGAUGGUUUAGCAAGAUCAGAAGAAAACGAUCCUCAAGAUGAACGUGCGCUUGUCAAAUUAGCAGAUGUUACCCCUGAUAUCACCGAGCACAAGGUGAAGCCUGGUCAUGCCAUGUUCUUUUGCGUCGUCUAUUUAGCACCUGGAGACUACCAUAGGUUCCAUUCACCCACAAACUGGAUUGUUCAAACAAGAAGACAUUUCGCUGGUGAAUUGUUCUCCGUGUCGCCCUACUUUGUCAAUCUAUUGCAAAAUCUGUUUGUCCUGAAUGAAAGAGUGGCAUUGCUUGGUAAAUGGAAGUACGGCUUCUUUUCCAUGAUUCCUGUGGGAGCAACCAAUGUCGGAUCCAUCAAAAUCAACUUUGACGAAGCACUGAAAACCAACCAAAAGGAGGAUAUCCCACUAGGCACAUACACUGAAGUGACAUACAAAUCUGCUAGUAGGAUUUUGGGCGGUAAAGCCUUGCGUUAUGGCGAUGAAAUGGGCGGAUUCUAUCUCGGUUCUACUGUUGUGCUGGUGUUUGAAGCACCACAAUCAUUUGAGUUCAAGGUUACUGCUGGACAAAAGAUCCAAAUGGGUCAAGUUUUGGGUCAAGUCGAAUAA